AUGGAUGCAGAGGUUGGCUCGGAUGCGAUCGUCACAAAUGAUGGACUAAUGACUGACACCAGAGGUUACGAAUUCUUGCUGACGGAUCGGCUCAAAAUGGGAUCCAUUCAUCGAUGGCUAAUCUUCAGCUGUUGUAAAGAGAGUCUUCUCUCCAAUGUUCGCCUCUUUACGGUCUUCGGCUGUUCCGGCGGUGAAGCCAUUGCUGUGACCAAAGACGACGAGAUGUACGCUUUGGGAUCCAAUUGCAGUCUAUGUCUGGGUUUAGGCGAUACUGUCGGCACUUUUGAGCCCCGAAGAGUCGAUUUGAUGUCCAAAAAGAGUGUCAUUAAAAUAGCGGCCGGA